AUGUCUUCUUUCCAGGACGCCUAUCCCUGGACCACGCCAAAUGUCCCCGUCGUGGUCUCUGCGCCGAUGCUGAAAAUCGCACUCGGUCGCCUUGCGAUAUCCGUCUCUUCUGCAGGCGGUAUAGGCUUUCUUGCCGGCGGCUUCGACCUCUCGCAGCUGUCAGACAAUCUCGCUGAAGCGGCUGAGUACGCGAAAUCAACUCAUACACCCCUUCAUGACGGCCAGCUGCCCAUUGGCGUCGGCUUCCUAAGCUGGGGCGCCUCCCUCGACCUGGCGCUCGAAGCACUGCGAAAGCAUCCCGUCGCAGCAGUAUGGUUCUUCGCGCCGCUCCAUCUGUCUGACCUGCUCGACUGGGCUAAAGCGAUCCGCCAGAUGAGCAACAACAUGACGAAAAUCUGGGUACAGGUCGGUACCGUGGCGGAGGCCGUGGAGGUUGCCAAGACCACGAAACCAGACGUGCUAGUUGUCCAGGGGGGCGACUCGGGUGGCCAUGGUUUGCGUGAGAGGGCGAGUCUGAUGACGCUUUUGCCGGAAGUGCGGGACGCUUUCGAGGGGGAAGGAAUUGAGGGUAUCCCAAUUGUAGCAGCUGGUGGCAUUAUUGAUGGCAGAGGCGCUGCUGCUGCGCUGACCCUGGGGGCGGAUGCAAUUUGUUUGGGGACGAGACUUCUUGCAAGCGAUGAAGCGGAAAUCGCGAAAGGGUAUCAGGACGAAGUGCUCAGGGUAACCGAUGGAGGUGUCAGUACCGUUGCGAGUACGAUUUACGAUAAAGUUAGAGGAAUCAACGACUGGCCACAGACGUAUGUGGGCAGAGGGGUGGUGAACAGGACCUUUCUGGAUGCGGUGCAUGGGAUGGGUGAAGAGGAGAAUAUCGCCUUGUACAAAGAAGCCAUGAAAUUGGGAGAUUCGGCUUGGGGACCAGAGGGCAGGAUGUGUACCUACGCCGGGACCGGAAUUGGGCUGGUGAAGGAAGUAAUGUCUGCUCGAGACAUAGUAAGAGGGGUACAGCGGGAGGCAGUCAGAGUGUUGCAGAAGUCCGCUGUAAAGUACAAGUCGUAA